GGCGCAGGGCCGGGGCUGCGCGGUGCGGGGCUGCGCAGAGCGCGGCCGCCAUGAGCGCGGAGCGGCUGCAGCGGGUCCGCGAUCGAGUGCGGUCCUUCGCCGAUUUCCCGGUGCCCGGCGUGCUUUUCCGCGAUAUCAGCCCCUUGCUGAAGGAUCCUGCUGCUUUCAGGACUUUGCUUGAUCUUCUGGAAGAUCAUUUGAGGGCAUCUUUCCCCAAAAUCGACUUUAUUGCAGGCCUGGACUCCCGCGGCUUCCUCAUAGGCCCCUCCCUGGCUCAGAGACUAGGGAUCGGCUUCGUGCUGAUACGGAAGAAGGGGAAGCUUCCUGGUCCGACCGAGACGAUCUCCUACGCCCUUGAGUAUGGCAAGGCUGAACUUGAAAUCCAGAGUGACGCCGUGGAACCGGGACAAAAAGUAGUUAUUGUAGAUGACUUGCUUGCAACUGGAGGUACCAUGUUUGCAGCCUGCGAGCUGCUGAAGAGGCUGAAGGCUGAAGUCCUGGAGUGCCUGGUGAUCAUAGAAUUAAAACUCCUGAAAGGGUCGGAAAAGCUCGAGUCCAUCCCUUUCUACUCUCUGCUGCAGUAUGACUGAGGAGAAGGGAACGCGCGCCCUGAGCUCUUCCCAAGUUUGGGCAUUUAUCAGUGGCUCUUGAUGUCGCGAGGGGGUGGGCGGGGGGGGAACCUACGAUUUUGAUCCUGGCCAGAUGCUAUACAAUUUUAAGUCCUAUUUAUUUUUCCAAGCCAUAGAUUAAGCUGUGUUGAGUGUAAGGAUCCUUUUUGGAGUUCAUGCUUCUGGGAAGAAGGAACAGCCUGAUUGUCUUUGGGGAAUGGAGACCAAGAUGCAGCUUCACUGAUUCUUUUUUAUUUUUUAGGAGACCAAAGUGAAAAUACUGCUGCUGAGGCAGGAGAGGUCUGAUAGCUUUGGGGACCCAGCAUCCCCUUUUGGUUGAGCUGUGCCUGAUGAGCCUCCUAGGAGCCCGAUAAAAUUUUGCCAGAGAAACACAGAAGAUGGGCAAAAAGUGAUUAUUUGUCUAAGGGAUAAGUCCCUCUGUAUUUGACCUCAGAGGAUGGUGUGGUUGCUCUCUGCUGUCGCUCACACCAGAAUAGGUUGCCCUUACAUCAAGGUAGUGCUUGUUAAGGAGAAUUAAGCACCUGCCCAGCCCUGUAUUAUGAGAUCAGGAGGCAGCCACGGCCAACGCAACAGAGGUUGCUGGCGUAGAUGAGCUCAAACGCCGUGUCAGCUUGCAGCUUGGCUUGUGGUCUCUCUGCCUUGAGACCACAGAAAGCUGAAGGUCUCUGUUGUAGGAAGCCGUCUGCCUUCCCGUGGUCCAGGGUAGUGCUUGCAGUGGAUUUUGCAAAACCAGGAGCAACCUGCAUAUGGGAAGUAGCACACAGCUGGGCGACAGGCAGCGAGGAAGGGAGCCGUGCACGUGCUCAGGGCUGUUUGCCUGCCUUCUGUCCGGCAGUACUGGCACCUACCAAAGCCUGCGGCUCCAGCCAUGGCCGGCAGCUUUUGUUUAGCACGAAUUCCCCAUCUACUGUAACAUAUCUGGCUCCCUGGGCCGCUGCCUGCCCUCUGCUGUGCUCUCCUUGGGGGAUCGGGACGUUGAAAGGCCAGUGCUGGUGUGGAGCCCAUUCUUGUAGGUAUGUUUGGUGUCAGAUAAGGCCACAGGAAAGAAAGAAAAGGUGUGUGCUUGCAGCUGAGCUCUGGUGGUCUCACUCAGGUUGUGCGAUGAAUGACAUGGGGUUUGGAGAUGCGUGGUUCAAUUUGGUCACGGGAGUAGCUAAAACUCGGUGUGCCAAAACUGUCACAUGUCUGAAAACAUUAGGGUCUGUGUCCCUGCCCUGGCAUGGGCUGAGCUCACGGGUAAAAUAAAUGUUGACUCUUUUUUUCUAA